AUGUUGAGACCAAUUGUUGCCCUCAUAACUGCAUUGUUGCUGAUUGCCUCCACAGCUCAUGCUCACCAACUGCCUGAGCAGCUGAAGCUAGGAGGUGGUCCUGCUCUAAAUUUUAGCUGUGUUGAAAAGCACUGUGUUAGUCUCUCUGUCAAGUGUAUACUGGAUAAAGGAUGCAGGGAGGCUAUAGAAUGCGCUUCCAAGUGUUUCCAGGAUUGGGACAAAGACACUUCAUCGCAGAAGUUUGUCGUUCAAAACUGCACUAGCAAAUGUGUUUUCACAUAUGGAGAAGAGCAGACGUAUCAAGACUACAUGGGUUGCCUCACCGACAACAAGUGCAUGUCAUUCCCUGUCAUUCCUCGAACCUGCAAAGCACCGAACGUUAAACCCGUCAAGCAGCUGUCGACAAAAGACUUUGGCGGGAAAUGGUGGGUGCAGCGUGGUUAUCACAAGGUGUACGAUUGCUACCCUUGUCAGACUACUGAGUUUAAACAGAUCAACGAAACCGCUUGGCUGUACACUCCUCAAUACGAGACUUACCUUGUCAACAACAGUCUUCACCUCGUGACUAACCAACAAUUUGUGAUGCCCAACACAGCGCCAGGAGAGAAUAUUUCCUUCGCCUAUCAUGAUGUAGGGCUCGAUCAUUCUGAGACGUGGUGGCCAUUGGACAAAGCUGCUGAUGGAUCAUGGAUCAUAAUGUACUACUGCGGGAACACUGCACAGUGGAACUAUGAGGGUUCCCUGGUAAUGUCCAAAAGUAGGAUCCUGGAUCCGUCUGCUUACAAGCAAAUCGGAGCAAGUUACAAGCAAGCUGUCGGACUGGACAUCAACGAUUUCUGCUUUACGGAUACUUCAAGCGAUUGCAUGAAUACCUAA